CUAUAAUUGACCUGAAAAACAACUAAAUAGUAAUUAUUUUUCUAAAAAUAUACAAUCGUUAAAACUACUAAUAAUAAUAAUGGUAUUAGUAUUGGUCUCAUUAUUAGUGGCAAACGUUGCCGUUUUAUUAUUUAAUAUGAACUGUUGGCUUAUAUUGGCCAGUCUACUGGGUCUCAUCGGUUAUAUUGUUUAUAACUACUGGAGUGUCAUGAAAAUUUUUUAUAAUACCCUUCCCAGGGAUAUUAGGGCCGGUAUUAAGCUAUUGAGGGCCAAAUGGUUUCUUCGGGAAUGCAAAAAACACAACAAAUCGGUGCCAAAAGUGUUCAAAGAGUUGGCACAACGGCACCCAAAUCGGGUGAUGUUUUACUUCAAGGACGAGGUUUGGACAUUUGGAAAGGUAGACGAAAUGUCCAAUAGAGUGGCCAAUGUUUUUGCCGAAAUGGGCUAUCAUCCCGGCGAAGAGGUAGCACUCAUGAUGAACACACGACCCGAGUUUGUUGUCAUGUGGUUAGGUCUGGCCAAAGCUGGUCUAAUCACUGCCUUUAUUAAUACCAAUCAGCGAUUGGAGGCACUGACCCAUUCAAUAACAGUUGUAAACUGUAAGGCUGUGAUAUAUGAGCCACAACUGGCCAAAGCCAUACAUGAGAUACUACCAUCACUUCAAGAUAAGUCACCAUCGAUGCGCUUCUUUAGUUUUGGUGAACCAGUUUCACAAGAAGGACGUGAGAUACCGUCUCAACCACUACACGAUCUUCUGGAUCAGGCAUCCAGUGAUGAUCCGGUAACACUGGCAAAAGGCAACUUUAGCGACAAACUAUAUUACAUAUUCACUUCGGGUACAACUGGUCUGCCGAAAGCGGCCGUCAUUCGCAAUCACCGAUACAUAUGGAUGGGUUCAAUCAUUAGGUCACUGUUCAGUUUCGACCACUCCGACAACCUUUAUCUGACACUACCGUUAUAUCACAACAACGCCGGCACUAUGGGCUCAGCACAGGGCGUACUGUUUGGCAUAACGUUGACACUGAGAGAAAAGUUUUCGGCCUCAAACUUCUGGGAGGACUGUAUCCGAUAUAAGUGUACUGGUGCCAUGUACAUUGGUGAAAUAUGCCGGUACCUGUUGGCCCAACCGGAGAAGCCGGUAGACAAACAGCAUAACGUAAGGAUACUGUUUGGCAACGGUUUGCGCCAAAAAAUUUGGACGGACGUCAAGACACGUUUCAAUAUCAAACAAAUUGGAGAGUUUUACGGCGCCACCGAAGGCAACGCCAAUGUUGCCAAUAUUUCAAACAAAGAGGGCGCCUGUGGUUUUGUUCCCUGUUGUAUACAGUGGUUAUGUCGGCUCAUAUACCCGGUAGUGGUCAUCAAAGUAGACGAACACACUGGCGAAGCACUGCGCGAUGCCAAUGGUUUGUGUAUACCGGUAAAACCGGGCGAAAUCGGUGAAAUAGUCGGCAAAAUACACGAAUCGGACCCAUCGCGUGCUUACCCGGGCUAUCAUAAUCCCGAGGCCACCAAGAAAAAGGUUGUCCACAAUGUACUCGUUCACGGAGACAAAGCUUUUCUAUCCGGCGAUCUUAUGGAGAUGGAUGAGCUCGGCUUUCUUUAUUUCAGAGACAGAACUGGCGAUACGUUCCGAUGGAAAGGUGAGAACGUAUCGACCACUGAGAUCGAGGCCAUCAUUCAGAAGGUAAUCAAACUGAACGACUGUGUCGUGUUUGGCGUCUCAGUUGAACAGUGCGAAGGAAAGGCCUGUAUGCUAGUGAUGACACGUCCGCAAACCGGCAAACUAGACGUCGCACAACUGUAUCAUAGGUUAAAAGAUGACUUACCGUCAUAUGCUGUACCGUUAUUUGUUCGGGUGGUCGACAAGAUUGAAAUUACCGGCAGUUAUAAACUACAGAAGCAUAGCCUGGAAAAGGAGGGCUUCAAUCCAAAUGUAGUAAAAGAUGAGCUGUACUUUUUGGACAAAAAGUCGGCCAAUUAUGUACCGCUGACAACACAAUUGUAUCAACAAAUUCAAAGCGGAAACAUUACUUUAUAAAGACAUUCAUUACAUUAUUUACAAAUUAC